GCGUCGCGUCCCAGCUUUCAUUCCAUGGACGCGCCGGCCGCCUUUGGCCGCGGCGUUCCGCAGGGCCCACCGAUAAAGGCCACCCACUCUGGCCACGUCUUGCGCCUGAGCAGCGCGCUGAAGUGCAUCGAGGCCGACCACGCUGGCUUCCAGCAUGAGGUGAUGGUUCGCAGAGCCGAGCUGUGA